GGGUUUCCUUGUCUGACUGGAGACUAGCGAGCAGAUAGGCGGAUGAUAACAGCAUCAGUUGCUGUUACACAGCUUCCACAGAUCUCAAUGAAUUGCCCUCGAAGAAGCCACUGAUCGUGCCUGCUGCUUUUUGCAGGGGUGGUUUACUGAUCAGUGUAAAAAAAACACGGCUAUAUGAGAUUGUUUUUUCAGUGAUUUUUUCUUUCUUUUUUUUUUUUUUUAGUAUUUCAAGGUCUGUGUAGCCUCUUUCCAUCAUGGUGCUAGGAAAGGUAAAGAGCUUCACAGUAAGCUAUGACUGUCUCAAUGACAGCAAUGUUCCCGUUUUCUCAAGCGGGGACUGUGUCUCAGGGAGGGUGAUCAUCGAAGUCACCGGAGAAAUCCGCGUGAAAUCUCUCAAAAUCCACGCGAAAGGAUUUGCAAAAGUUCGUUGGACUGAAUCGAGAAAUGCUGGAUCCAACACUGCCUACACGCAAAACUACACAGAAGAAGUGGAAUAUCUAAACCACAAAGAUAUAUUAAUCGGACACGAGAGAGACGAUGAUAACUCCGAAGAAGGACUCACCACUAUCCAUUCAGGAAGACAUGAGUAUGCAUUCAGCCUUGAGCUUCCACAGACACCUCUGGCUACCUCUUUCGAAGGGAAGCAUGGCAGCGUGCGCUACUGGGUAAAGGCAGAACUCCACAGGCCAUGGCUCCUACCCAUGAAGACCAAGAAAGAAUUUACAGUCUUUGAGCACAUCGACAUCAACACUCCAUUACUGCUGUCACCACAGGCCGGCACAAAAGACAAGACGCUUUGCUGUUGGUUCUGCACCUCAGGUCCUAUUUCCCUAAGUGCCAAAAUUGAGAGGAAGGGAUAUACCCCAGGGGAGUCAAUCCAGAUCUUUGCUGAGAUAGAGAACUGCUCAUCACGCAUGGUAGUGCCAAAGGCGGCCAUCUACCAGACUCAGACCUUCUAUGCCAAAGGGAAGAUGAAGGAGGUCAAGCAGCUGGUGGCUAACCUGCGGGGAGAAUCUCUGUCCUCGGGCAAAACUGAGACCUGGAAUGGAAAGAUGUUGAAGAUCCCACCUGUCUCCCCCUCCAUCCUGGACUGCAGCAUUAUCAGAGUGGAGUACUCGCUCAUGGUGUAUGUGGACAUACCUGGGGCGAUCAACCUGUCCCUGAACCUGCCUCUUGUCAUCGGAACCAUCCCUCUUCACCCAUUUGGCUCCCGCACCUCAAGCGUCAGCAGCCAGUGCAGCAUGAGCUGGCUGGGCAUGGGUCUGCCUGAGAGGCCAGAAGCUCCUCCAAGCUAUGCAGAAAUUGUGACAGAAGAGCAGAGGCAGAGCUGUUUGGAUGCCCCAGCGGCCCGAGAGGAGCUGGAAGGACCUCUCUUUGCCUAUAUUCACGAGUUCCGCUUCCAGCCCCCUCCUCUGUACUCUGAGAUUGAUCCUAACCCAGAUCACGCCAGCCAUACAGAGGAGCGUAGGCUUGAUGCUUGUCCAUCACGCUGAGGAUAUUCCAGCAAUUCCCCUGAGUUACUUGGGGAAACUCAAAGGAACCUGCCUGUAAGGCUCAACUUUGAUUAUUUUCUCAGUUGACUGCAUUCACAAAAUGCUGUUGACAUCAAGAGAAAAACAAGAAUAUCCAACCAAAAAAAACAAAAAAGAAAAAGUGAUUUAGGUUGGACAAAUCUGUUCCUGCCUUCCCUCAGCAAGAGAAAUGGGAGUCACUAGUUCGGGGUGUCUUUUCUUUCCCGUGUCAGCUUGCUGAGGGUGACAUAUGUACAGAUCAACAUGUAUCCACUCUGUAUGGGGGGUGGGGGGGAACCCUCUAGUAGUGAGAGCCCUAGUGAUGGUCUUGACGGUGACAAAGAAGCACUGCCAAGGCUCAGCCUGGCAAGCUCCUAUUCACCCGUGACUCUUCUGUAUCUGUGGCACAUAAGGACUUGGCUCCUCUCACAAAGGACAGGACCUAUCAUGUCCAUUCAUCAGCAGAACUCCUCUUAAGAAAAUGGGAUGAAGAGAGAAAAGUGUUACCACUGUAGUCUUGAAAGUAAGCUUUCAGCAGCAGCAACAGUCAUCAACAAAGCAAAGACUAGGUCCUUCUGCCUCACUUGGGAUUUGUUUUGCACAUUUUGUUCUUUACUUGAGUUGUGUGUGGCUCUGUUUAAUGAGAGUUUUAAAAAAGAAUCACUAAUAGUUUAGUUUCAGCCUUGCAACGCACCAGACUAUGAGACUGUCAUCUGCAUAACUCUGAGCAUCGCUGGGAGUAGGAUUUGGAAAAAAAAAAAAAAAGACUGAAAAGUACAAGAACAAUGCACUGAAUUUGUUUAAGUUGUUUAAGAAUUUUCAUUUUCCUGUGGCUAACAACUAGACAGUACUCGUACAACAUCUGCAGCACACUUAAUCUCCACGUGGAAGCUUUUUACAGUGUUGCCUCCUAAGCUUGGAUCUAAGUGUGGUUUCCCUCCUCUUGAGUUUAGUUCUUCAAGUUAUUCCGUUCUCGUAUUCGCUCCAGUCAUAGAAUAGCUUGUAACCAGUUUAGUUUUGUGGUGGCUCUGGAUUUGGACUAGGAGGGUUGCAGACUUGCAUUAGCCACUCAAGUAGAAGCUGACGGGAAAAGUGCGUGCUUGGCGGCGUGCAUGCGUGUGUAGAUGUUUUUGGCCGUGUGUAUGUAUGUGUGUGUGUGUGUGUGUGUGUGUGUGUGUGUGUGUUUGUGAGACAUAAAGUGGUGCACUGUUGAGGGACUCACCCUAAAUUGUCUGCAGCCCCUCUACUCCUAAUCUCAGGGCAAGCCAGGCUUGCAUAACUGCCCAACAAGCACUGUCUCAGGUGGUCCUCUCACUCGCCAAACAGUUGAGAGGAAAAAGGAAGGAAGAAAAUGUUGUGAGGCUUUUGUUUUAAUUGCACUGCUAAAAAAAAAAAGAAAAAAAAGAAAAGAAAAGGAAAAAAAAAAGUUUUUGUUCACUACCAAAAUGAGAGAACAGACUUGUAGGGGAGCAAGGCAGCUUUUUGAGAUGAAUCACAUUCCCUUUUUGUCCUGCUGCAUUUGCCCACUUCAUCUGUAACAGAUUUUUACCAGACCAGUGAAGCCAGAAUGCUAGUUACAAAAAAAAGGAAAGAAAGAAAAAUGCUUUUGCAAUAAGAAAGCAAAACCAGCACAAAUGAAACGCUGGGGAUGUUGCUGAACUUCUGUUCAUGCUGGUCAGAACAAGUAGUACAUGUAGUAUCAUUAGGAGUAGUAGUAGUAAAUUGAAAUGAGUAAUACAUUGGUUUCCUAACUCAUUCAAGAUUAAAGACCAGCUGUAACAGAGGUUUGACACUGUCAGGAAAGGAUGAUAAACAGCACUUUUAGAAAAAAAAAAAAAAAGAUAAAGAAAUGAGAAACAAAAGACGUAGCAUUCAAUGCUGAAGGUCUGGAUAAAAAAAAACACUACUUGGUAAUAACCAUGUAUUACAGGAUUCUUUUUUUUUCUUUCUGUAAAAUGGUGUUGUGUAGGACGCUAAUGCUUUAUUCAGUCUUUUUAAGAUUAGAAACCAUUUUUUUUUUUUUUGAAGUUUACAUUUCAAAAUGUAGCUAAGGCAACUUAGUGUGUGCUUAGUGUGUGCACGCUCUUAUCAAGAUCCAGCUGGCAACUAAAUACACAGCUUCUGACAGUGCUCAGCAAACUGCAGAUUAUUAAAGUGAUCUUAUCUUAGUGGCCUUGACACAGGAAGGACUUGAUCAUGAUGCUCCAUUCUUCAGUGUCUAUGUAACUUUUCUCAUUUCUCUUUGUUAACACUUGUAUGUUUUGUUUUUUGAAAAGGACAAAAAGGGAAGAGAAAAGAGUCCUUCAAAGCGAGUGUUGCUUUUGAAAAAAAGACAUCUUGGACAGGCCUUGAUUGUGUUUUUUUUUUGUUUGUUUUUUUUUUCCCUGAAGUUGAUGAGGGUUGUCUAUUUUUCCAUGUAUUUCUGGGCAUUGAUAGGUUGCUUUCUUUAUAGUUUAAAAAGCAACCUUUUGAGUUGGUCUCCCUGAUCUGUCUGAUCCCCUUCGGGCCAGGGAGUGGCAGCUGUUGAUCAGCACCCUUUCCCCCCUUCAAGAAACAUUUAUGUAACCUGGGACAAAACACUUCUUUUGUGGUAACUCAUGUAUUUGUUUUGCGAUUCUUUGUUUGGAUUUUAUCUUAGGGAAACUGAAUCAAGCUAUGCGGUAAUGAAUAAGCUUACAUAUUUGUUUCAGGUUGGUCAGUUCCAUAGUCCAUUUGCUUGGGCCUCAGAGUAGUCCAGUGUCAAAACUAAGCUAAAUUCCCGACCUGAUCAAGGUGGGAACUGAAAUGUUCAGAGAGAAAGGAUGUAGGAGAUGGGGUCUGAAACAUUUUAGAAACAAAGUGCAAUAUUACUCAAAGAAUUUUCUUCAUUCUCAUUUUUUUUUCCAACAUGAUGAUGUAUAGGUAUUCUAUGAAUAUACUAUGUUCUGAAUGCUUUAACCUUUUGUCUAGUUCUUCCUCUUGAUUUGAAUAAACAUUUGUUCUAAAUUA